UGGUUGUGCGUGCGAGUGUGUGGGUGCGCGCGCGCGCUCUCGCCCGUGUCGGGUGUGGGUGGGUGUGCGUUCUUGCGAGCCGGCCUGCAGGAGGCGAGGCUAUCCUGGCCUCCCUAACGAACCAGUUGACCGAGCCCGGGGAGGGAAGUUGCCGCAGACGCCCGGGCCGCCGGCCCUCCUGUACCCCGGCCAGGUGCACAGCUUUUCCUAGCAUGACUACGAUCUGAUCAGCAACCACGAGAGUUUGACUCCUGUGUCUGGCGCCGUAGUGCUGGGGCCCGGUCACUGCCCACAACCGCAGAGCCGCCAUGGCCGCUGCCUCUACUGCCUCCCCUGUAAUUUCACAGCCCCAGUUCACAGCCAUGAAUGAACAACAGUGCUUCCACAACGAGUCCAUUGCCUUCUUUUACAACCGGAGUGGGAAGCACCUUGCUACAGAAUGGAACACAGUCAGCAAGCUGGUCAUGGGACUUGGAAUCACCGUCUGUAUCUUCAUCAUGCUGGCCAACCUCCUGGUCAUGGUGGCAAUCUAUGUCAACCGCCGCUUCCAUUUCCCUAUUUAUUACUUAAUGGCUAAUCUGGCGGCUGCGGACUUCUUCGCUGGGUUGGCCUACUUCUACCUGAUGUUCAACACAGGACCCAAUACUCGGAGACUGACUGUCAGCACGUGGCUCCUUCGUCAGGGCCUCAUUGACACCAGCCUGACGGCAUCUGUGGCCAAUUUACUGGCUAUUGCCAUCGAGAGGCACAUUACAGUUUUUCGCAUGCAGCUCCACACACGGAUGAGCAACCGGAGGGUGGUGGUGGUGAUCGUGGUCAUCUGGACCAUGGCCAUUGUCAUGGGUGCCAUACCCAGUGUGGGCUGGAAUUGCAUCUGUGAUAUUGAAAAUUGUUCCAACAUGGCGCCCCUCUACAGUGACUCUUACUUAGUCUUCUGGGCCAUUUUCAACCUGGUGACCUUUGUCGUCAUGGUGGUUCUCUAUGCUCAUAUUUUUGGCUAUGUUCGCCAGAGGACUAUGAGAAUGUCUCGGCAUAGUUCUGGCCCCCGGCGGAAUCGUGACACCAUGAUGAGUCUUCUGAAGACGGUGGUCAUUGUGCUCGGCGCCUUCAUCAUCUGCUGGACUCCUGGGCUGGUCUUGUUACUUCUUGACGUGUGCUGCCCGCAAUGCGACGUCCUGGCCUACGAGAAGUUUUUCCUCCUGCUUGCUGAAUUCAACUCCGCCAUGAACCCCAUCAUCUACUCCUACCGCGACAAGGAGAUGAGCGCCACCUUCCGGCAGAUCCUCUGCUGCCAGCGCAGUGAGAGCUCCAGCGGCCCCACGGAAGGCUCCGACCGCUCAGCCUCCUCCCUCAACCACACCAUCUUGGCUGGAGUUCACAGCAACGACCACUCCAUGGUUUAGAAGGGAAACGAGGAACGCAGCCAUCGUCCAUUGAGGGACGAAGAGCCUCCCCCCGACCCAAAUGCCAGGGCGAGGUGUGGGGUGUCAGAGAGAGGAAAAAUAAACUCAUGUACUUAAACACUAACCAAUGGCAGUAUUUGUUCCUAGACCCAGCAAGACUUGAUAAAUAUUGAAAAUUAGCUCAUGUGACAAACCUCAUCUGGAUCCCCAUUCCUUCUGAGAUUAGAAAGUGGAGACCCUAUCGUGGAAUUUAUAAAUAGACGCUGGAGUGUCCAUGUAGACAGACUACACUAACUAGACUUCAAAGGGUUGUGUGUGGCUUGGUGCAGGUCAGAGUAAAUUCUGACUAAUUGAAUCCACAACUUCAUUUACAUACAGACUCCCCUUUUUUGUUUUUAAAGGAUACAUUUCAUUUCAUAAACAUGUUUAUGCCUAUCAGCAUGCUUGUGAUGGAUAAGACUAUAGACUGUUUUGAAAGUACCGUAACUUCAUUUUUUUCCGUAUGUAGGAAAACUGUAAAUUAGAAUUAUUCUUCUUAGAAAGCAUGCAUGGAGUGUAUAUAUGCAGGAUGCCCUAAAAAGAUAAAAGGGUAUUAAUUUCAAAUUUCUAGAACAUAGAAGAACCUAGAUGUCAAAGCCGGUAUUUGUUUAGGUUAUGAAACAAACAAUAAUCACAAUAUUACCUUUCAUUAAAGUGUUGUAACACAUAUAAAACAAAAAUGGGAUGUAAGUUUAUUAUCAAAAUAAUAUGUACCCUAAAAAAGCAUAGAAGAUGCACAUUAAUAUUGUUCCCAUAUAUUUAUAUCAAGUACAUUCUAAUUAUUAGUACAUCUGAGGAAUUUUUAAAUAGUCUGUGUUUUUCUGUAUUAUGAAAUAAUACAUAGUCAUUGUAGAAAACUUGAAAAAUGCAGACAUGUAUAAAACAAAAUAUAAUUACUGAUAAUAUCACAACCCAGAGGUAACCACCGUUAACAGCUCUCCCCCCACCCCGUGUAUGCCUAUAUAUACAUGUUAUAUGCCUUUUUAUAUAAUUGGGAUCAUACUGUAAACAAUUUUAUAACCAAGAUUUUUUUUUUCACUACAGAAUUGCCAUAUUUAAUAUCCUAUGGCAUUAAAAAUUUUACAGAAACAUAAUUUUCGUGACUAUAUAAUAUUCCAUGUAAUGGGUACAACUCAGUUUAUUUAACCAUUUCCAUAUUGUUGAUUACUUAGGUUUAUUUCUAAUUUCCAUUAUUAUAAAUGAUGUUGCAAAAAUUUUAUGUACAUAAAACUGUCCACAUAAUUGAUUAUUUACUUAGGACAUGUUCCCAUGAAGGAUUUUUUUAAAAAUGUGAAAUGUCUUUUUAUACUCAUACCUUUUAUAAAAAGGGAUUUCCUGCUUUGCACCUCAUGGGUGACAACUGUGAGGAAAGCUAGUUAAAUUACCUUUUUACAAAGGAAGCCCAGUGGUUAGUUUAGAGUGACUUUUUUCUAUGUAUAGAACAAAAUGAACUAGAAACGGUCAGCUGGCACAAAUAACCAGGAUACCCUAAUUCAUAUGUAUAGCAAUUCCAAAUUUUGCUUGAGGGACCAAUGAUUCCGCUCUUGGUAGCCAUACCUGUAACGUAUCAUUAGAAUUCAAGAAAAUGCAAAAUCAAAGGUGCCAAGUGAGUGAAGGAUCUUCUUCAUAUUAAGUAUCUUGGGACCCUUCUGUAGCAAAUUGGUUGAGUGUCAAUAUGUGACUGGAUACUGUGUAUUCUCUCAGAAUCACCCCAGAUAGACUGCGGCCAUAUUAGGUGAUACCUACUUAAUUCAUUGUCUGGGAAAACGAGUGAUUGCACCAAUUUAUUGUAACAAGGAACCAGUGAAGUCACAGUCAUGAAGCAGGUCUGGGAAAGUCAGGAGGACGUUUAAGAGGAAGAUGUCCAGAAGGAGGAUGAGUGUCUGGGGAGGGGAAGCCCGUGCAUAGUCACCAUUGGGACGGAGGGCGGACGUGUGGAGUGCCCAAAGUGAAAAGAGUAUGCGUAACCUGUUAGCAGAAAAGUGUUUGCACACACUUCAUACAAUACGCUUUUUAUAUUGGAAGUGAAAGAGAUGAACUUGGACUUGUACUCACGUGCAUGUAUUCUGAAGGUGAUACGGACUAUUUGACAUUAAAAACAUACUAAUUGGACCUUAAUAAAUCCUUCUCAAUCAGUGUCUGGCAA